AUGGCUUUCAACCUCGUUAACUGUAGUGAACAGUGGUCUACUAUUCAAGCGGAAAAAUGUAAAUUAGUCAGUACUUUGAACGGAAAGCGUUUGAAUCCCUGUGACACGGGCCAAAGUUUCAGUACAGAAGGUGACCAUUCUGUUGGGACGAAAUAUUUUGAAAUAAAUGUGGAAAGGACGGAAAUUUGGAAGUUCUUGAAUAUGGACCUUGAUGCAUAUGAUGCAGGCAGAAAAGUAAAGUCAUUGACCCGUAGCGCACCUCGUGAAGCACUAGCCCAGGACGAGCCUACUGGUCAGGCGACGAAACGGGACCUUCACCGGGAAAAUUUACCCACGCCAAGACAAACCAGCGAUGGACUUGUGAAAACGGAUGCGACGCGUCCAUUUGACCCGAGAAUAGUCGGGCAUGCACACCCUAGUCUCACAGAUCCAGCGACUAUGUCUGGCUGCCUCAGACUUCAGCAUGGAUUAGCUUCAAUCACGGGACAGACCUCAAUUGGAACUUACCAUCAACCUCUAAUUGAUUCAGAAGAAGAUUCAUUUUACAAGAUAGUCUCAUGUGGCUUCGCUCUGCAGAUCGCGUUGGCCUUUCAUAUGGCUCCAACGAGCUAG